CGCCGCCACCGCCACCCCAAAACGGGGGCUCCCCCCGUCCCGGCGCCCGCUUUUUGCCUGCGCCGCGAGGAGCCGGCGGCCGCUGCGCGCUAACGCCACCGUCUCUGCUCCGCAGCCCGAAGCACUGAGGAUAAGUGACUUGUCCAAGGUUUGCACGUCCUCGCCAUCGCCUUGGCCCUGGAGGUGUCGGUGGGGAAGACCAACACCGUGCUGGCUCUGAACGGCUCCGACGUCCUGCUGCCCUGCACCUUCACCACCUGCAUCGGCUUCCAGGACCUGGUCUUCACGUGGUAUUUCAACUCGACGGAGAUGAUCUACCACGGCAAGAUAAAGAGCAAAAGCUCCGAGCCCUUCCUGGUGAGCCGCAACCCGCGGGUGGAGUUCGUCGGCUCGACGACGGGGAAGGACAACAACAUCUCCAUCGUGCUGAAGGACGUGGAGCUCAGCGACGCCGGCAAGUACACCUGCCACGUCAAGAACCCCAAGGAGAAGAACGCGCAGCACAAUGCCACCAUCAUCCUCACUGUGGUCCACAGGAUGGAGGAGACGGACAACACCCUGACGCUCAUCAUCGUGGGCGUCGUGGGGGGGCUCUUCGGCCUCCUCAUCCUCUUCAUGCUCGUCAAGAGGGUCGUCCUCUUCAUCAUCAAGAAGACGCAGGAUGGGAAGAAGGAGUGCCUCGUCAGCUCCUCGGGCAACGACAACACGGAGAACGGCCUGGCGGGCUCCAAGGCGGAACAAAAAGCCCCCCCGAAGGCAUGAAGCAGAGCACGGAGCCCCGGCCCCCAGCAGGGCAGGGGGCUGGGAUGGGGAGAAGCCUCUCCCUUCUGUUUCCUUUCCGAAAUGCCGACGCUCGAGACACGUUUCUGUUACACACGUGCCUGCAACCUGCACCGCUUCUGGGACACGGCUUCGGCUGCCGCGGGGACGGGGGCAUCCUGCAGACGGGGACAGCGCUGGGACGAGGGAGCCCCCUGCCCUGCCCUGCCCUGCACCGAGGGAAGCGGGGCUGGGUGCUUGGGCAGCCCGCAGUGGGUGCUGUGUGUGCCGUGCACCCCUGGGUGCAGGGCAGGGGGUGGCCGGGGGGCCCGGCGUGCCUGGGGGUCAGGGGUGCGAUGAGAUUGGGGUGUCUCGUUUUCCUCUGAUGCUGAGCUUCGUGUGGGUGGUUGGGGCAGCAGGGUGAGGGUGCGCAAAACUCACCGUGGGGCCAUGGGGCUGGCACAUGGGGCAGAGUGGGGGUGAAGUGGGGCUGCAGGAACAGCUCGGCUUCAGCUCCUCGGCUGGCACCCCGCGGGGGCUGCCACUCCGGGGUCCCUCCCUGGGCUGCUGUCGGUUCUGCCCUUCCUCAUCCUCCCCUCUCCUGAAGGCAGGGAUGCUUUCAGGGCCGAGCGGCCAGGGCUUAACUCAUUAGGCGGAUAUUUUUAUAUCAGAUUCCCCUGGGAAAAGGGCUGGUUGCAUUUCCCUCUCCUGGAGGAAAACUGGCACGGUCGGGCCCUGGCGAGAGGAGCAGGGCCAGGGCUGCCCCAUCCCAAUCCCGGUCCUGCCACGGGCCGGCGGGGUGACCCUGGGGCCUCGGCCGUGCCUCAGUUUUCCCCAUCUGUAAAAGGGGAUACCAACAGGGCUCUGCCUCUCAGGGCUCGCUGUGAGGCUUCCCCGGCUCACAGCUGAGAGGUGCUGCAGGGUCGCUGGGUGAGGGGUGCUCAGGAAGCCGGGGGUCCUUGCGGAGGCUGCCUGCAGCGGGGAUACAGGCCUGGAGCAGCAGCGUUAGGGAGCUGUGUGCCUGCCGUCGUGCUGCCCCUGUGCAGGGGACCCCAAAAAGCCUCCCUGGGCUUCUGAGGAAAGGAGAACUGUAGCACAAACCAGCCUUUUUCCCAAGGGCUGCAGCUGGACGUGGAACACGAAGGGGGACGAGUUAACCCUACAGAUGCAGUUCAGGUUGUCCUUUAGGGCGCGAUUUGUUCCCUGCCGGUUUCCCCUCCACUCGUUGAGGCAGGAUGGGGCUGUUCCCACCCCUUUCCCAGCAGCAAGAGGGGAGCAUUGCACUUCCCCAGCCACAGAGGCUUUGCACCAGGAGGGGAGGUAGGCGAGGAUUUGGGGGCAGAGCAGAGGAGGAAGGCUGGGGGCUGCCUUACCCGACAGCUGCAGGGCAUCCCUGACACACAGGGACACGUGGGGACAGUGGCCCGGGGCAGGUUUCCUCGGCUGCUGGUUAAAUGGGAGCUGAGCCUAGGCUCCCACUCCCCCCCUGCCCCUCGGGACCCCCAGGCGAACCACUGGUUCCUGUUCUUCAGUCUUCCCAUCUGUGAAAUGGGCGCAGCAAACCCCAUUUACCUCCCAGGGGGUGCGAGGCUCCCCGCGCCGCUUUGCAACGUGCUCCGAGACCCCAGGGCGAAAGGCAGGGUGCUGCCAGGUGCUGUGGGGUGCCCUCGUCACGCAUGAGAGCUUGGGAGGAAGCGUGAGACCUCCCCGCCGCCCCCCGAGCCCCCAGCCCACCCUCGCAGAAAUGGGAGAGGACGGCGAGGGGAGGAAGGAGUUUUUUUAAAAGAACUGUUUUUAGCUGUCCUAACCCGUCAGCCUUUUUUUAGACGAUACCUGGCCCCAGCUCCGCAUACCGCGGGAUAUGCAGUGCCGUACUAUGCAUGGAUUGCUCCUCUGGCUUGAUGGACGACGUCAACAUAACCAGUUUGGGAAAUGCAACUCUAUCUAUGCACGUGUGUGUGCGGUGUGGUGGGCUCGGGGGGAGCAAAGGGGCUCGUGCCAGCUCUGCUGGGGCUCCCUGCAGCCACGGGGGCUGUGCCAGGGCGAAGGCAGGGCCAGGGUGUGAGCUGUGAUGGCCACAUACGUGUGUAAGCAUAUAUAAACACAUGUAGGGAUCCCUGCAAAUCAACACAGGGUGUGUGCCACACACUCUGCGACGACUUCUAAGGCAUUUUGCACUGUAGGGGUUUAGUUAGCUUUGCCUUGAGUGAAAUAAAGUUCGAGUUGACCGGGAACCUCUCC